AACGGUGCGGGUCGUGGCCGCCGGUUCUCCAGUUCUCCCCCUCCCCUACUCUCCUCCUUCCCUCCCUUUCCCUUCCUCGGCGGCGGUCGGUCGCCCGUGGCAGACUCCCUGACCCAUCCCUAACCCCUUUCUGACUUGGGAGCCACGGGAUUGGCCUUUUCCUGCUUCCCGGCCCAACUUCCCAGUGUCAGGGCGGGGCCCUUGGGGAGCCGGAGGCGCUGCCUCGGAGGAGAGAAAAGACUAGACGAUCCUCGGCUCCCCCGCCGGAUCGCACGGCUCGCCGCCGCCGCCAUGGCGAUGAGGCAGACGCCGCUCACCUGCUCGGGCCACACGCGGCCCGUGGUGGAUUUGGCCUUCAGUGGCAUCACGCCUUACGGCUAUUUCCUAAUCAGCGCUUGCAAAGAUGGUAAACCUAUGCUACGCCAGGGAGAUACAGGAGACUGGAUUGGAACAUUUUUGGGUCACAAGGGUGCUGUUUGGGGUGCAACGUUGAAUAAGGACGCCACCAAAGCAGCUACAGCAGCUGCAGAUUUCACAGCCAAAGUGUGGGAUGCUGUCUCAGGAGAUGAACUGAUGACCCUGGCUCAUAAACACAUUGUCAAGACUGUGGAUUUUACGCAGGAUAGUAAUUACUUGUUAACAGGGGGACAGGAUAAACUGUUACGCAUAUAUGACUUGAACAAACCUGAAGCAGAACCUAAGGAAAUCAGUGGUCAUACCUCUGGUAUUAAAAAGGCCCUGUGGUGCAGUGAGGAUAAACAGAUCCUUUCAGCUGAUGAUAAAACCGUUCGCCUUUGGGAUCAUGCUACUAUGACAGAAGUGAAAUCUCUAAAUUUUAAUAUGUCUGUUAGCAGUAUGGAAUAUAUUCCUGAGGGAGAGAUCUUGGUAAUAACUUAUGGACGAUCUAUUGCUUUUCAUAGUGCAGUAAGUUUGGACCCAAUUAAAUCCUUUGAAGCUCCUGCAACCAUCAAUUCUGCAUCUCUUCAUCCUGAGAAAGAAUUUCUUGUUGCAGGUGGUGAAGAUUUUAAACUUUAUAAGUAUGAUUAUAAUAGUGGAGAAGAAUUAGAAUCCUACAAAGGACACUUUGGUCCCAUUCACUGUGUGAGGUUUAGUCCUGAUGGAGAACUCUACGCCAGUGGUUCUGAAGAUGGAACAUGGAGACUAUGGCAAACCGUGGUAGGAAAAACAUACGGCCUUUGGAAAUGUGUGCUUCCUGAAGAAGAUAGUGGUGAGCUGGCAAAGCCGAAGAUCAGUUUUCCAGAGACAGCGGAAGAGGAGCUAGAAGAAAUUGCUUCAGAGAAUUCAGAUUCCAUCUAUAGUUCAACUCCUGAAGUUAAGGCCUGAACAUCAGGCAGAUGUACACAACAUACAGACUAAAACAAGAGGAGGAAAGCAUCAGCCUCCAGAGUUACUCUCUGCUUAAGGCAAACAUGAGCAGUAAAUAAUGAGGAAUAUGAAUUAGCUCCAGUGCUGGAACUAACCAACUUGGUGGUGCCUGUAAGUGAAAACACAAGAGAAUCAGCUGAAGGCAGAUGGAGUUAUGCUCUUGUAGUACGGUGGUCAGUUGUCUUUUUAAUGAAUGUGUGCAAACCAACAUCCAGUUUCUCUUAUUACAGUUAGAUUUCUUGUAGCUGUUUAUGUUAUUAUACAGAGGAAAAAUAUACUGGCCUAUUUUUUUGACUUUUCCCUUAAAGCAGAAAGCCAUUUUUUUGUGCUUUAGUUAUAAAGAAGAGGGGGAAUACAUGAUAAAGUAACUGGUUUGAUUUCUCUUUCAUUGUACACUGCUUCUGAACAUCAUCUAAUUGUUUUUAGUUGUCUAAAUAAAAUGCC